ACUCGAUCUGCUAGCUAGCUUCUAUUUUCUCCUCAAACAAACAACUAUAUCGAGCGAGCGAGCUAAGUUGGUUUUAUUUGCCGCCUGGGUUUCCAUUCUUCUCCCUCCUUCUCCUCUUCCUUACUUAUUCCUUACCAUGGAAACCACGAUGGCUCUGGCCCUUCUGUCCGCCGUGGCCGCCUAUUUGCUCUGGUGGAAGGUCGUGUCGCGUCAACUGACCGGUCCACGUGUCUGGCCUCUACUGGGCAGCCUCCCCGGCCUGAUCGCCAACUCCGACAGAAUGCACGACUGGAUCGCAGACAACCUCGUCGCCGCCGGCGGAACGUACCAGACCUGCAUCGCCGCAAUCCCUUUCUUGGCCCGGAAGCAAGGCCUCUCCGUCUUCCAUGACCUUCUCGGGGAAGGCAUCUUCAACUCGGACGGCGACACGUGGCGGUUCCAGCGCAAGACCGCUGCGUUGGAGUUCACCACCCGGACCCUCCGACAGGCCAUGGGCAGGUGGGUCAACCGGGCCAUCAAAACCCGGUUCUGCCCCAUCCUGGAGUCGGCUCGACUCCGAGCCGAGCCGGUCGACCUCCAGGACCUGCUCCUCCGCCUCACUUUCGACAACAUCUGCGGCCUGGCCUUCGGGAAGGACCCGCUCACCCUGUCUCCCGAACUCCUUGAUAACGGCUUUGCCGUAUCCUUCGACCGAGCCACCGAAGCCACGCUCCAGCGGUUCAUCGUGCCCGAGCUCGUGUGGCAGCUCAGGAAGAGGCUCCGGCUCGGGAUGGAGCCCAUCAUGAGCCGGAGCCUCCAAUACAUCGACAGCUACCUGUCCGACAUCAUCAACACACGUAAGCUCGAGCUUGCAGGACGGUUUGAGAACGAUGUGAACCCACACGACGAUUUGUUGUCACGGUUCAUGAAGAAGAAAGAAUCCUGCUCGGACAAAUUCCUCCAAUACGUGACGUUGAAUUUCAUCAUAGCUGGACGUGACACGUCGUCCAACGCGCUGAGCUGGUUCUUCUGGCUGGUGAUUCAGAACCCCAUAGUGGAGGAAAAAAUCCUCGCCGAGAUCUGCACCGUCCUGAUGGAGACACGUGGCGAGCUGUCGCCCGAUUGGCUCGACGAGCCACUAGGGUUUGAGGAAGUUGACCGAUUGAUGUACCUCAAGGCGGCACUAUCCGAGACGCUGAGGUUGUACCCCUCGGUGCCGGAGGACUCGAAGCACGCGGUCGCCGACGACGUGCUACCGACCGGAGAUUGCGUCCCGGCGGGGUCGUCGGUGACCUACUCGAUCUACUCCAUGGGCCGGAUGAAGUUCAUGUGGGGAGAUGACUGUCUGGAGUUCAAGCCGGAGAGAUGGAUGUCGUCGGACGGCAGCAAAUUCGAGGCACAGGAUGCAUACAAGUUCGCGGCGUUCAAUGCGGGGCCCAGGAUCUGUCUGGGGAAGGACCUGGCGUUUUUGCAAAUGAAAUCGAUUGCGGCGGCGGUGCUUCUCCGACACCGACUGACGGUGGUCCCGGGACACCGCGUGGAGCAGAAGAUGUCGUUGACUCUGUUCAUGAAGUAUGGGCUGAUGGUGGAGGUUGGACCGAGGAACCUUAGGCCCAUCGUGGAUAAAGUGAAGGCGGUGGAAGGCGGCCCGCCUAUUAAUGCGGAAGUUGCCCUUGCUAAGGGCAAUGGUCACGAGGGGUGUAGGACUGAUCAUCAAUUGGCGGCCGCGGUUGCUUGAUAUUUUGAUUGUCCAUGGUAAAAUUAUGCAUCUGUAUGAAAAUUUUAUGUUAUGGUUUUGGUAUACGUAAGAUAUAUCAAUUUAAUUACCAUGCGUGAUAGAAAACUAAAUACGUGUGUUAGGGGUGUCAAACGGUCCGGUCUGGAUCGGAUCGGACCAUACUAAGAAUUUGGCUUUGUCAUGGGACAUAUGUAAGUUUUCAAAAAACGUUAAUAAAUUCCUAUGUAUGUAUCCGAAGGUGAUUGAACUCGCCACUUUAAGAUGAUGUUAAUGUAUUUUGCCACUGUAUUAAGGCUUGUUUAUAUCAUAAAUUAAUUUAUUGCACUAUAUAAGUGAAAUUAUAAUAAAAAGGUUAAUACGUU